UUGAUGUCUAUGAUGAAGACAUGCUGGAAUCAGAACCUGAGUUUGAAGAUGACACUACUCUUCAUGAAUAUGACUCAUUCAAGACUCUAGACCCUGAUCAAUGCCUUCUUCAUGACACUAUUCUCUAUCAUUAUACUGAGAUUCUUAACAGCAGAUUCUCAGAUUCUUUGCUAAUUAAUCUAGAUGAUAAAGAUGACACUGAUAAAACUUAUCUGAUUAUGAUUUUAUCUAUCACUCUUCAAAAUCUUGCAGAGGCUCAAGAUCUCUCAACCUCAAUUAUUCAAGCUGUGUCAACUGGUGUAGCUGCUUACUUCAUUAACACUUGA